AUGUGUAGGCCUAAGAAGUUUGGGGGUCUGGGAUUUAAACGGUUGCAUGAGUUCAACUUGGCGUUGCUGGCCAAGCAGAGCUGGCGCCUUCUCACAAAGCCAGAAACGCUGAUGGCUCGUGUGUUAAAAGCAAGACGAAGGAUAGGCAAUGGGCGAGCUACUCAGGUUUGGUCACAUCCUUGGUUGCCGGAUUCUCUUGACCCUUAUGUGUCUACUUUGCAGCCGGCUACCAAUCAGGGAUGGACUGUGGCUGAUUUGGUGGAUGAUUCAACAGGUGCAUGGAACGAUAACGUGAUCCAGCAGACUUUUAAUACACGGGAUGCCGCUUUGAUUUAUAAGCUGCCUUUGAAUGGAAUUUAUGAUGAUUUGUGGUUCUGGGAGGGGGACAUUACAGGGAAUUAUUCGGUAAGAAGUGGAUAUAGACGGCUAGGGGGUGAUUUAGCUCCUAGUUCGCCGUUGCCUUUUCCCCAAUAUAAUGGUGACAAUUUUCUGUUUUGGGCAGAAUUGUGGUUAGGAGGAGUAUCAGCGCUGGAUUAUGAAAGUAAAGGGAAGAUGUGUGGCUUGUUACAUGGCAUUUGGUCAGCCCGGAAUUCGGCUGUUUGGAGUAAUUUCCUACCAACUCCCACGGCAUUGUGCAGCAGCCUUUUGUCUUGUUGGGCAGCUUGGAAGGCGCAUGGGGCCGGAUCAAGGGAAUCACAGUGUGCUCCAGUCAUGCAUGCAAAUAACGACCAGCGUGGUGUGGCUUGUUAUGUGGAUGCGGCGUUCCAUGAUUCGAAUCGGCAGCCUACUUACGGCUUCAUGGUCUUGGAGGAGGAUGGAAGUUACAUAGCUGCGGCGAAUGGCCCCUUGGUUUGUCCGUAUGAUCCCGUGAUGGCGGAGGCGAUGGCGGUAACUGAGGCACUUUCUUGGUUAAAGAAUAAUGGUUACUCGGCAGUCAGACUAUUCACAGAUAGCACGGUUUUGGUUUCUAGUAUUAGGGAUGCUCGUUUCUUUCGUUCUUAUUUUGGUUUUAUUUUGGACUCUUGUAUUCGAUUAAUUUCUGCUAUGCCUGGAACUGUAGUCUCGUUUGUUAGACGAAAUGCAAAUAUUGCGGCACAUACGCUAGCUAAGCAUGCUAGUGCGCCGGUUGGAAGUUCUGUUUGGAGGGAUGGUCCUCCGCAUUUUUUGGAGCAGAUUAUAGCCAAUACAAUCUGA